CCGGCGGCCGGGCAGGCGGGCGGGAGGGACCAUGGCGGCGCUGGGGGAGGCGCUGAGGGCGGCGGUGGCCGCGAUGCUGCUGCUGGGCUGGGGCGCCCACGGGCUCUACUUCCACAUCGGCGAGACCGAGAAGCGCUGCUUCAUCGAGGAGAUCCCCGACGAGACCAUGGUCAUCGGGAAUUACCGGACGCAGCUGUGGGACAAACAGUCCGAGUCCUUCCUGCCCUCCACACCGGGGCUGGGCAUGCACGUGGAGGUCAAAGACCCCGACGGAAAGGUGGUCCUGUCCCGGCAGUACGGCUCCGAGGGCCGCUUCACCUUCACCUCCCACACGCCGGGCGAGCACCAGAUCUGCCUGCACUCCAACUCCACCCGCAUGGCCCUGUUCGCCGGCGGCAAACUGAGGGUGCACCUGGACAUCCAGGUGGGCGAGCACACCAACAACUACCCCGAGAUCGCCGCCAAGGACAAGCUGACCGAGCUGCAGCUGCGCGCCCGGCAGCUGCUGGACCAGGUGGAGCAGAUCCAGAAGGAGCAGAACUACCAGAGGUACCGGGAGGAGCGGUUCCGCAUGACCAGCGAGAGCACGAACCAGCGCGUGCUGUGGUGGUCCAUAGCCCAGACCAUCAUCCUCAUCCUCACCGGCAUCUGGCAGAUGAGGCACCUCAAGAGCUUCUUCGAGGCCAAGAAGUUGGUGUAGGCCAAACCCACCCCCAAACCCACCCCCAAACCCCACCCUCACCCCCCGCCAAAGGGGGGUGCCCACCCACCUCUAGGUUUGGGUUUGGGGAGGGACCCUUGCUGUCUGCUGGGACCCCCCGGGGGGAGGGUGGGUGGGUUUGGGGGGAGCAGAGGGGCCUUCCCCCCCUGCGAUGUGGAUAUUUUGGGGGGUGGGAAUAAAGGGUUUAUUUUUGGUUCCA